UGGAUUGUUUGCAGUUUGGUAUAAUCCAUUUAUUUAAGUGCUUCGACACAUGUUAAUGACGCAACCUGGAGUGAAAAAAAUUGCGAUAUAACAAUUUUCACCGAUGUGUAUAACAUAAUGUUGUUGCAGAUAAGUUGGAUGUGGAUUGGAUUACACAUGUGUUGAUGAGCAACCAGCGAAGUACAACAGCAAUAAAGGGGAAACGCAAAACGCGCCAUUUCAUUUGAACAAUUUCGUAUAUGCCGUUGAACACAAGUUUCAUUACAUCUACCAUUUUAAUAAAUGUGUGGUAAAAUAAGUAUACACCAGCAUAUGUUUAAUGUCUAAGGAAUGACAAAAAUGCUGACAUUCGUAUCUUCAUCCGACCGACGAUUAAAACCUUAUGGUUUAAAUUGAUAAAGUAAUAAUUUGCAUAAAACUCUUUUUAAAGAGACUCUGUUGCACGAAGCUACGCAACUUAAGACACACGUUUGCUUUCCGAAUAUUAUGACGACUAAAUAUUAUUAUGAUUAACAAUAACAAAUCGUCGAAAAAUCAAUAAAAAAAUCAAAAUUGUAAAACGUUUCAUGUAUGAAGUCUUUUGAAACCAAAAGAAAACAGCUUCAAAUAGCAUUAAUAUUCUUUAAGGACAUUUCAUAAGACAAGCAUGAGAAUUUCAAAAGUUUAAUUAUCUCUUGAAGCUACACUUGAACGUUUAACAUACAAAAUAAAAGCUCAAUAAUUAAUGAAGACAGAUUGAUCGUUUAAGAAAUGAAAAGUGAUAAAAUAAUCUUUCAAAAAUGGAAUAGAAGUUAAUGAUCAUUCCAAUUUGCUUUACAAAACAACAAUCGUUUACAAAUGGAAAAAAUGCGAAAUUUAAAAAAAAAUGAUUCCAGCCGAAAUUGAUGUUCAAGCAAUGGAUUCGGAGUCUGGUACAGACAUGCGUGCUAUUGAGCUGCUUAAUGCAAUUAAAUCGGCGGUUCAACAAAAAAGGUCAAAACGUUCUUUCAAGCUGCCAAAUAUUAAAAUAAACAAGCAUCGCCCUAGAUUGAUCAUCAAGGGAAAUAACAACUGGCAUCAGCAGAGCAUGUAUUCAGAAGACGAGGGCAAUUUUCCAGACAACAUCAUAGAAACAGUUGCGCGCGCAAACACGAUCGCCACAGAUCAUGCGCAAGUCUUACCGGAAAUCCGUGCGGCGCCAUGUCAAAUCUACACCAAACGACAGGAAAAUGGCAGAGCUUUAAACACAGACAUUCCUUCCCCUCGACGACAAAAACAUUCGCAGUUAACACAUCAAGCAAAUAACACAUCUAGUCAACAAACGCAAGGAGAUGAUAAGACUAUUAAUGUGAGACUACCAGAACAAUUUUCGACCAAACCGCCGCCGAUAUUGCCUAAAAAAAUGUCGUCAAAGGAGUUUGUUAAGACAUGGCUAGUUCACGGAUCUGAUCCACAGGGAAACAAUCAUUUCCCGGAAAUAAUCCCGAAUCCUAUUAAGACUAGGAAAAGUAAAUCAAAAUCAAAAUCCAGAAUUGCUAAAGCCAGUAUUGUGGACUAAGAAGUAACAGUCUUGUUGCGUACUGUAUAUUGCUUUAAUCUAGACGCAAUUGAGGAAUUGUCUAUAUAUGUUAUUUAUCUUUUAUCAGUUGAUUAGUGAAAAAAAAAUGCACAUUU